GCAGCCUCCAAUUUAAAUAAGAUUUACUUUUUCACAAUUGCCCAAAACUGGAAUACUCGUUUUUCUUUUAAACGUGCAAAAAAACUUUUUAAAUUGAAGUUGCUUUAAGUAAUAAUUAACUUUGUAAAAGUCAGAUGACCAAAUAUUGUUUAAAGCCAGCUGAAACUUUCUGGAGGAUAUAAGAUGCAUGUUUAAAUAUAAGCUGCAGUUUGUCGGUUACACAGUUUGUCCUCCUGUUGCAUUUCCAUCCUCCCCAUUUUCAGCUUGACUCCCUUAUUCACAGUUAAUUAUAAUUUCCUUUUAAAUAUUCCUACAACUCCUUAAGUUUUUCUUUUCCCAGAUGACAGAGAAUGUGUUUGGUAGGACUUACCAUUAACCUUUCAGCUGUACUGAUUCAAAGCAAAGAUGGAGGACGGCGCGUUCAAUGAAGAAGAAUGCUUUUUUUUAGCCUGUGGUCAUGAAUGGGGAGAAAAGUAGCUUUAUUCAGCUCCCUUCCCUCCUUGCUGUGCCCACCCUGCCCCCCAGCACACAAUUACAAUGCAGGAUCCCGCCCCCACCAACACACACAUGCACACACACAUCAUUAACGCACAUUAACACACAAACUCCCCGUCUGCCCCCUGAAGCAUACAGACAGGAGGGGUUGGGUCCGUACGGGUGGGUUUACCCAACUAUUUAAACAGAUUCCAGCAGAUGGCUGAGGAACUUUCCUCCUGAGAACACAUUGCUUUUUCCUCUCACUCUGCCAACAGACCUGGGCAUUAUUCUUCCAGAAUCCAAAACAAAACAAACCCCAUCCAGACCACUGGAACAACGGGUUCCUUCAAAACAAGUUGAAGAUUUUCUCCAAGCUGUUAGAAUAGUUUCAUUUCAGUUCAACUCCUGGAAAUUGAUCCAUCGUGGGAUCAGACAUCAGGCUGCUUCACUUGGUGAAGACCGUGGAGUGAAUCAUGCCCUCCGACUCCCUGACACCUUUCCUGGAACUGGAUGAGGAGUUCUGCAAGAAUUUCUGUGGCCUGGAAACAACAGAUUGCCCCUCCGCCAGCUCUUUGCAGCGCAGUCAAAGAGUUCUCGGCUUCCAGAGACGCCAUUCUCUCUGCCCCGUGACCCUUCCCAACUCCAAGUUCAACAGCAGCUCUGAGGUGAUGGAGUCGGCCUGCUGGGGGCUCAGUCUGGCCUCCAACCAGCAGUGGAACCGAGCGCUUACACGCUCCUCGCUAAGUCACAUCCCCUUUAGAGUCGACCGCUCGGUCAGCAUGAUUGAGGGGAAUGUCGGUAACGUGGGGAACAGAGAGGACAAAAUGUCAAAUGCCUCUCCGUCGAUGCUGCUUCCACCACCAGGUCUGUGCAUCAGCAACACCUCUCUGGCCUCCACUGCUUCCUCCUCUUCCUCCAGACCACUGGUGCCGCCCAUGCACAUCUCUAGCCGGUAUAAGACAGAACUUUGUCGCACCUUUGAGGAGAGCGGGACCUGCAAGUACGGGGCCAAGUGCCAGUUUGCCCACGGCAUGGAUGAGCUGAGAGGACUCAGCAGGCACCCCAAAUACAAGACGGAGCCUUGCCGCACUUUCCACACGAUAGGUUUCUGUCCGUACGGUGCCCGCUGCCACUUCAUCCACAAUGCAGAUGAGAUGCAAGCGGCCAGCUCUGCGGCGGCUCCUCAGAGGCAGAAGUUGAGGCCUCCACUGCUCCGGCACAGCCUCAGCUUUGCGGGCUUCUCCUCCUCCCACAUCUUUCAACCGGUUGAGGAGUCUCAGCCUUCCUGCUUCCUCUUCACACGGGCCUCCUCUGUCUCCCCUCCUCCCUCCUCCACAGGGAGCCCAGAGCUCCUUUCCCCUCUCUUUCCUGAGCCAGGGCCUCUGAAGCAUUGCCCUUACCCUUUCUCUGGUAUCAGCGACCUGGCAGGUGACAGCGGAGACUCAGCUCUGCGAUUCUAUGCUGCAGCUGACCCAAAGUGUCCAACAUGCAACUUCACCUCCAAAAACCAGAACCUCCCUGUGCACCUCCCCCACCAGCUUCCAGCCACUCUGAACAGCUUCUCUUCCCUUCAGCGCUGCUCCUCAGCCGACUCCCUCUCCGAGGAGGGCUACACGUCUUCGUGUUCCCUCAGUUCUUCUUCCAGCGGCACGGAGUCUCCAAGCAUCGAAGGCCGGCGUUUGCCCAUCUUCAGUCGCCUCUCUGUUUCAGACGAAUAAGAGUUUUGCUUCAGGGCUGAGUUUGAUCAGGGAUAGUUUUAACUCUGUGUAACCACAAUGUGAGUUCAGAGGUCACAAAGGAGUAAAACAUUAGCUUUUCAGAUCCUUUUUAGCUCCAGCUGAGUGAACGUGCCUAUCUUUGUGCAUAUUGCAUUUCCUUCACCCAAGCAGCUGUAGUGCUGCUCAAUGUUUGUCCAGUUUUAGCUGACUCCCUUUUCUGUUUAUUGUUUUAUUGAUUAUUUUGUGAGCUUUUUUUAUUAUAUUUUAUGCCAUUGUAACUGCUGUAUACUGUUGUAUACCUGUGUUUUAGAGAAUAACUGAAGGGUAUUCUGCUCAGCAUUCAUCUCCAUGCUGUUCCUGCUCAGCUGAAGGUUCUGUGUGAGAACCUUCUGUACCCUAAUCUCAAGAAGAUGUGUUUUAUUUUCCUUUGCCUUCUCCAAGACAGUGUGCAGUCCAUUAUAACAGACUUUAUUUCCUGUUCCAGUCCUUAGAAAUCUCCUGAAACAGUCAUCUGGUGAUGUGGUCCCAUUUAGGACUCUCCAAUUGAAUUAAAUUGACCGUUUCCUUGUCCAAGUGUAAAAGGAUUUAGUAACUGUAUGCUGUCACUGAUUGAUUAGGUGAUUGGUUGUAUGGCUGUGGCCACAUGAUUGUAAAUGUCAGCCAUUUUAACUGUCUGACCAUGAUUCAGCUGAACUGCCUUAGCACAUAUUGUAGGAAAUCUCUAGUUACCAAAGUUCCUCUAACAUACUGGUACUGUUAACCCCUACCCUUAGCUAUGGCAGGUUAUAUACAGUGUAAUAAUUAUUAAUAUAGCCUAACAUGUUUCUAGGACUAUUUAUUGCUUGUUUUAUUUCUCCUUGAUUUGUGAUGAUGUUUUUGCAUUUGUUUUAAAAUAAGAACGUACACUUUUUUUUACUGCUUGGUUAACCGGAAGCUUUAAUAAAAGGGCUUAUGGAGCGGAGGGAAAAGGAGGGAAGCAAGCAUUUUGGCAUUCUUUAUUUUCUGUUGCCUUAUUGGCUGACGGGCCGGCAGAGAUCAACACUUGCAGGGUUUUGCCAUCAGGAAGCAGUUUGGCGGUUUCUCCUCGAUCCCUCUCUGCAGGUGGGAAUGCUCGUCGGUCAUUCUGCUCUCCUCUCUGUUAAGCCUCAUUCCCUUUAACUGCAAGGAUUGCAGCUGCAAAUAUAAAUGUGGUUAAUUAUCACUCAGCCGUUUAGAGAAACAUUUUUUUGUGGCAGAAAUGAUUGUUAAAAUGUAUCCUGACAUGCAGCACCAUCAAGACUGUUUUAUUUCUUUUAUUACCAUUGUAUUAUACAUGUUAUACAUUAGAUUUUUCAGAGUUGGCUUGUUGACAAUGUGUUUGUAGGUCAACUUCUGUUGCACACCAGCUAGCUGGCCCAGCUCUGACCGGCAGGCGAAAUCAUGCGAGUUGGAGCGAAGACAGGAAGUUUUCUUCUGAAAUCAUUUCAGCCGCCUGCACUGAUGAGGCCAGAAAUGUUUCUUGUUGCUGUAGCUUAUUGUCAACUCAGCAGCAAGAUGUUUCUUUAAAAAAAAAGGAAAAACUUGUUAACUUAAGGUCCUAUUUAUUUUUCUUUUUAAGAGCAAAACUUAUAUUGUGCUGUUUGAUGUUGUGUUUUUCACAUAAUUUAAGUACAUCUAUUGUUUACAUUCCAGCGGUUACAUGGAUAACCUUCUUUAUCUUAAUAUAUAUGUCCGUCUUUAUUUCAUAAUAAAAGUCUUUUGAAAAAUAAAAGCAUUUCACUCUGAA